AUUUUCUAAGUCUUUGCUUUAUGUAGGGUUGUUUUGACGCCAACUCCAUAGACAAUGCAUUUGGUAACACAAGACUGUUGAUUGUAUGUAAUUAUGAGCAUGUAAUAGUGGAAAAAAAUAUGGAAUACUGCAAUGAUUUGUUUUAGUGCCCUCUUUUUUUUUUUUUCAAGAAAGUCUCCCUCUCAAAUAAAAGGUCCUAACAAUUGAGGGAGUUUAUGUUAUGAGUGCCUUUAUAGCCGUAGAUGCACCUUAUUCUGAUAAACACUGCAAAAUAUUCUUUCUUCAACUAGUAUAUUUAUUAGAGACAAUUGCAGUGUAGCCAAUAAAUUAUUGAUAGUUUGUAGUUUGGAAACUUGGCAAAUGCUAUUUUGGCAAUUAUUUUAGUCUCUGUGUACACGUUUACUUCCAAUUAAUUAUUUGAAGUAUUCAGGUGACCAUUAAUUGUACAAGUCAGUCUCCAGUCAAUUACUACUUGUUUGAACUAGGCAAUAGUAUGAGGUUAUCAUUUGAAUUACACGGUAUCAUUAUUACCAAAUGGGCAUUGUUGAUACUCAUUUUCAGCAAGGUUUUCAAAAACUUUAUCCUGGAUUAUUGCAGACAUAAUGCAGUUUUGGAUUUAUUGCAAAGCAUUAUUGUAGGGGUAAGUCAGUGCUUGACAAAACGUCUUGUGACAAUUUUUAUUUCACAAUGUGCUAUUUUAUUCCUAGAUGUGCUUAGUAGAGGCAAUCCUCAGCAGAGUCUUUGGUUAUGGAGAUGGAUGGGACCUUUCUUAUCAUAUUUGUUCAGUGCUUUUUGGGUGUUGCCUCUUUACUGGCUGAGCAAACCACUCAACUCAUUAUGGUAUCAGGAAAUUGCUGAUUCUGCUUAUCGUACUACAAGAGGAAGACCUCUUGGAUUCUUAGCUUCCUUUGGAAGAGAAAGUUUGUCAUCACAUGUUAGCAAAACAGUAGCAGACUUUUUCUUUAGCUUCUUACUUCAGAUGUUCUUUCUUGUUCAGGCCAUGGUUGUGAGCUUUCUUCCUAUCCUGGGACCUCUUAUCAGUCUAGGACAUAUGUGUCUUCUGUAUUCACUUUACACUUUUGAGUACAAAUGGGUGAAUAUGGGAUGGACCGCACCCAAGCGCCUCAUGUACGUGGAAUCUAACUGGCCAUACUUUGUGGGUUUUGGACUUCCUCUUGCUAUUUUCACCUCAUUAGCACCUUCUUUUGUAAUCAGGUCAGUGUGAAAAUACCGUGAAGGAUCAUUUGAAGCAGCGGUCCAAAGUAAUCCCAGUAAGCGAUGGGAAAGGCAGAGU